UUAGUCGGAGCUCCCCCUCCCGUUUAGAAUAUCUCGCUCGGGGACUUGAACUCACAUCUUCCCGAAGGUAGACGCCAAACUGACGUCAGAGCACCCGCAAUUUGACGUGUGAGCGCAACACAAGCCCACAGCCACACACACACACACACACACACACACACAGGCGCACAGCGCGCAGACCAGCCCACCCCGUCACGAGUAUUUCCUCCCCUCGGUGGACGAGCGACGCUCAGUUUCGCGUUUUCUCCAAAUCAACCAGCCGCUCCUUGAAGAAUAACCGGGAGACAAAUUUGUUCCAUCGCCCCGUUCGGUCCGCUUAUCGCGCGAGCGUCUGCGCCGUUUCUGUAGAUACGUCUCUUCUUUCCGUGGCUGAAUUCUGUCUGAGAUGGAAAUGAGAUGUCGUCCACUGGUGAUGUGUUGUGUUCUUGCCGUCCUCUGCUCCGUGGUUCCCCGGUCGCUGGAGACUUCUCUGGGAGACAGACAGUACCUCAACGAGUGGGCAGUGGAGAUCCCAGGCGGGCUGGCGGCUGCGCAGGCGAUCGCCAGAGAGCUGGACUACCAGAUGGUCCGACAGAUUGGGGCCCUGCAGGACCAUUUUCUGUUCAAGCAUCGCAAUCAUCCCCGCAGAAUGAAACGAAGCGCCGAGCACAUGACCCGGGAGCUGUCGGAGGACGACCGGGUGCUGUGGGCAGAGCAGCAGUAUGAGAAGCGCCGCAGCAGGAGAGCGUCCCUCAGAGAAUGCAGGGACUGUCCAGUGGACAAGCUGUUUGAUGAUCCCAUGUGGAACCAGCAGUGGUACCUGCAAGACACGCGGACGUCGUCGUCGCUGCCAAAGCUGGACCUGCACGUGAUCCCCGUGUGGCAGAAAGGCAUCACGGGCAAAGGAGUGGUCAUCACCGUGCUGGAUGACGGGCUGGAGUGGAACCACACGGACAUCUACUCCAACUACGAUGCAGCCGCCAGCUACGAUUUCAACGACAACGACCCGGACCCCUUCCCCAGAUACGACUCCACCAAUGAAAACAAGCACGGGACCAGGUGUGCUGGGGAGAUUGCUAUGCAGGCAGACAACAACAAAUGUGGCGUUGGUGUGGCAUACAACGCCAAAGUUGGAGGCAUUCGUAUGCUGGAUGGAAUCGUGACGGACGCCAUCGAGGCCAGCUCCAUCGCGUUCAAUCCAGACCACGUGGACAUCUACAGCGCCAGCUGGGGGCCCAACGACGACGGCAAGACCGUGGAGGGGCCCGGCCGCUUGGCCCAGAAGGCCUUCGAGUACGGCAUCCAGAAGGGCCGCGGCGGGAAGGGCUCCAUCUUCGUCUGGGCGUCCGGUAACGGCGGUCGCCAGGGCGACAACUGCGACUGCGACGGCUACACGGACAGCAUCUUCACCAUCUCCAUCAGCAGCGCCUCCCAGCAGGGCCUGUCCCCCUGGUACGCCGAGAAGUGCUCCUCCACGCUGGCCACGGCCUACAGCAGCGGCGACUACACCGACCAGAGGAUCACGAGCGCUGACCUGCACAACGAGUGCACGCAGACUCACACCGGCACGUCUGCGUCUGCCCCGCUGGCUGCUGGGAUAUUUGCCCUGGCGCUGGAGCAAAAUCCUGAUCUGAGCUGGAGAGACCUGCAGCACAUAGUGGUCUGGACCUCAGAGUACGAUCCUUUGGCCAACAACCCAGGCUGGAAGAGGAACGGAGCGGGACUGAUGGUCAACAGCCGCUUCGGCUUCGGCCUCCUCAACGCCAAAGCGCUGGUGGACCUCGCCGACCCGGCCACGUGGAAGCACGUGCCCGAGAAGAAGCUGUGUAUCGUCAGGGACGAUUCCUUUCAGCCCAGGGAGCUGAAGGCAGCAGGGGAGAUCACUAUAGAGAUUCCAACCAAAGCCUGUUCAGGGCAAGACAACGCGGUGCACUCGCUGGAGCACGUGCAGGUGGAGGCCAGCAUUGAAUACACCAGGAGGGGCGACCUGCACAUCACACUCACCUCCCCAUCGGGCACCAGUACAGUGCUGCUGGCCGAGCGAGAGCGGGACACGUCGUCUAAUGGCUUCAGAAACUGGGAUUUCAUGUCUGUCCACACGUGGGGAGAAGAUCCCGCGGGCACGUGGACGCUGAAGAUCACAGACACUUCGGGCCGGAUGCAGAACGAGGGUCGGAUAUUGAGCUGGAAGCUGAUUCUGCACGGAACGACGGAGAAACCGGAGCACAUGAAGAAACCCAGGGUUUACAUUCCUUACAAUGCGGUGCAGAAUGACAGGCGAGGGGUGGAACACAUGGACGACAUGAUGGAGGAGCCCACGCAGGCCCGUCCACCCCCGAAGACAGAGACCGAGCAGACCUCCACCCGUUCCAACCCCGAGAAAGACCCCGGCGGGGCCUCGAACCCUCCGUCCCCGUCGCUGGCGUUGCUGCGUCUCCUGCAGACGGCCUUCAACAGGCAGACGCCCGCGCUGCAGCCGGCCCGCGGCCCCGGCACGGCCUCCGCCCGGAGGAAGCAGCAG